AUGCACUUCACCAUUGUCAUGACCGCCAUGGCUGCUGUCCUAGCCAGUUCCGCCAGCGCCAACUCCGUGCUGGCGAACAACACCAUCGCCAGCUUUCGGCUCUUUGGCCUCCGCGGCUGCUUGUUUAACUACCUUGACGAUUGGACGGCUGUGGAAGCCGAUGCUCGAGACGACGUGUGCAAAACCUUUGGCUCAAAAACCAGUCCUCAGUCGGUCCAGAUAGUAAACAUUGCCAAGAGGUGCAAGCUCCAAGUUUUCGCCGACGGGGCGUGCAAUGGGCCCAAAAGAACAGGCCAAGGCGAGGCGUGCUUGGGAGUGCGCUCCAGGACCGAGAACUUCAAGUCUUUCCGGCUACACGUCCGGUUCGCGGCUCGCGAGCAGCGAAAACACAGGCUGAAGUUGGACCGACACUCUGGACAACACUGCAUCCUAUUCCGGAAAAUCAGAAAUGAAGUCAUGGACGAAAUUACCCAUCCGCCCGCGGGCACUCGCAGCUAG